AUGUGCUCCCGCAGCUCCUGCCACGACUACGAGUCCUCCUGCCACGGAUCCCGCUCCUCCUGCCUCAGAUCCUGGUUCUCCUGCCACAGGUCCCGCUCCUCCUGCCACGAGCCCGAGCCCUCCUGCCGCUACGUCCAGAGGCAGCCGGUGCAGAAAUGCACCUACGUGACGCCCUGCUGUCCCCCCGUGCAGCGCUACUGCCCCCCUGCCGUCCCCUGCUGUCCCCAGGUGCCCUACUGCCACCAGUACACCAAGAACAUCUGGAACCUUCCACCGGCAUGCCCCAAGUACUGA